AUGGGCAUCACUGGGUAUAACAAAUACCUCCAACGCGAAUUCAACGGCGCGUUCCUGCGCGGAGGACGACACAAACGGCGGCCGAAGCGGUACGAUCACGUGUACGUGGACGUGAACAAUCUUCUGCACGUCGCGGCGCACAACACGAACAGCGAGCGGUCGUUUUUUAAAAAGUUGUUCACGCUGCUGGAUAACAGGUUGACGAAGACGAACCCGAGGCACAGCGUGACGUUGGCGCUGGAUGGACCGGCACCGAUGGCGAAGACGAUCACGCAGAGACGACGGAGGAUUCGACUGAGUGCGGGGGCGGCGACGCCGCUGAGCGAUGAUAUGAGCAAGCUGUUGAAGAUUGGAAUCACGCCGGGGAGCGUGUUGGCGCUGAAAAUUGACAGGGCGUUGGAGUAUUACGUGGCGCGGAGGAUGUUGCGACGCGAUCACGCGGGUUCGCCGGCUGAUAACGUGCUGUACGAGAUAUCGAGUAUGCGCGUGGCGGGAGAGGGGGAGAUUAAACUCGUCAAGUCGAUUCAACAGCGAUUGCAGAACCCACGGUUUCAAGGGCACUCGCACUGCAUCGUGACGGAGGACAGCGACGCGUUGUUGCUCGCGAUGACGCUCUUCGGGCAAGGUCAAAAGACGCGAUACGCGUCAAACGAGGAGUUUCAGGUGUACGUUUUGAGUGGAAACGUAGUUUUCAGCGCGCGGCUGUUUGAUCAGUUGCUGCUGCAAUCGUUACCGAAGGGUGCGUCGCUCGACAGCGCCAGACGCGACUUCAUCGGGUUGUCGGCGAUGAUGGGGAACGAUUACAUCACCGGCAGCAAGCUCGGGGCGAAGACGAGCUGGAAAGCAUACUUGGAAAUGCGAGGUACUUAUCUCUAUCGCGAUGAUCCGCUCUUUCCGAUGCCUGCAAAUCAAGAGCUAAGCGCACAAGCAAAGCCGGAUGGCGCCGGAUAUAAAAAGAAGCAAAAGAGCGCGACGGGAAUUCAAACUUCGGUGAAUUGGGCGUUCUUAAAGCAACUGUCCUUGAAACUUGCCGAUACAUCGUAUGCGGCAAAAUCGGCAAGUAAUGCGCUGGCAAGUUCUUCUAACCCCGCUCAGAAUGACGUCAAGAAGAAGCGCGUGUACGACUACUUGUACGGCAUCGAGUGGAUGCUCAACAUGUACUACCAAGGAGAAUGUACCGACUUUAGCUUUUACACGUAUACGCAAGGACCGGAUAUGAUGGAUUUUGCGUCAAUUGGUGACGAGUAUGACGUCUCAUGCGACCCGCUCCGCGAUCUCAAGCGCGCGGAGGCGAGUUUUUACAAUUUGCGACCGAUCACGCCCUUGGCGUACUCGCUCGCCGUGAUUCCCCGAGGCGGUAGGGCGCAGAUAUCGAAAAAUGUUCGCCAGCUCGUCGACCCUGGAUCGCCCAUACGGGAACUGUUUGCGCUGGACUACUGUCCGCAGUGCAUCAAUCAUCGCAUUCACGUCUCCCCGAUGGAGAACGCGUUGCAAAACUCGCUCACGGCUGCGGAUCCCGGCUUCGCCGAGGUAGUGCCAUCCAACGCACAAUUUUCAAAGUACUCUAGAUACACUGACGACGAAGGAUACAUCAUUCACCCCGACACUGGAGAGUAUAUGUCCAUGGAUGAAAUGCGUCAAGAGGUGAAGGAGCUCAAUCGCAUGCAUUUGCAUCACUUGCACACCGCCAAGCAACACGUGCACACGGAUCCCAUUUGCUUGCCCACGCUCGAAGCGGCGGUGGCGCGAGCGAGCGCGGACAAUCUGCUCACCGAAGACGAAGAGAUGCUGCGGACGUUGGCUUCCCCUGUAUUGUUUUGGCGUCACGCCGUGUACGACCCUAAGGAUUUGGACACGCGCGACUUCGCGAGUGAAGAAGAGCUCACCGAGUGGCGCUCGAAAACCAUCCCUGACUCUCAAUUCGAGAUUCUCGACAAGCGCAGCGUUUACGAGCUCAGAAAGUUUGAUGGUGACGUCGGUGAUGUUAUGCGGCGCUGGGGUUGCGAUAACGACGCGUUCGCGCGAUUCGACAGCGAGAUCGCCGAAGGACGAACUCACUCGCGACAGCACACCGUCGGCAAGACUCGAAGCGCGUUGGACGAGCGACUGCAAAAGUGGCGUAGCGAGCGUCGUGGCGUUGGUCGUGUAGAUGACGCGAAAUCUACGAGCGAUAUCAGCAUCAAAACGAACGAUGCCAACGGCGCGGCGUCGUCUUUGGCACCGAACCGCGCUCCUAAACCGCGCCCAGGCGGCGCAGGCAGCAAGCGUCGAAAUUUCAGCAAAUCUCCUCGCGCGCCCUCAGCUUUCGCUCGCGUCGCCACGGCGCACUCGCGUGUAUUCUAA